AUGUUUCACAAAAACAUAGAGAAUGUACUACUUCCGCUUUACGAAUAUGAUGCAGCAAUUCACCAUAAAAGCAAUGGCAACUUACUGGCCCUAUCUCAUCUCUACCCUGAGGCGGUGGGGAGUUAUAGAGAUAGGGAAGGUGAUGUGGUGGAUACUUGUGGACAUAAUGAGGAGGUGGAGGUGGAGACUUGUACACAUAUGGAGGAGGAGGUGAAGGAGAUGGAGGGGGAGGAGAUUUGUAGACAUAUGGGGACUUGUGGACAUAUGGUGGAGGAGGCGAGUGGGAUGGAGGAGGUGGAGAUUUAUAGACAUAAGGAGGUGGUGGUGAUGGGGAUGGUGGUGGUGGAGACUUGUAAACAUACGGAGGAGGUGGUGAAUGAGAUGGUGGGGGAGGUGACUUAUAAAUAUAUGGAGGGGGUGGUGAUGGGGAUGGUGGUGGUGGGGACUUGUAGACGUAAGGAGGGGGAGGUGAUGGAGAUGGUGGAGGAGGGGACUUGUACAAAUAUGGUGGAGGAGGUGAUGGAGAGGGUGGAGGAGGAGACUUGUACACAUAUGGUGGAGGAGGUGAGGGGGAUGGAGGUGGUGGAGACUUGUAGACAUAAGGAGGCGGGGGUGAUGGGGAUGGUGGAGGAGGGGACUUGUACACAUAUGGUGGAGACUUAUGGACAUACGGUGGGGAAGGUGAGGGCGAUGGAGGUGGUGGAGAGUUGUAUGCAUAAGGAGGGGGCGGUGAUGGAGAUGGUGGAGGAGGAGACUUGUACAGAUAUGGUGGAGGAGGGGACUUGUAGGCAUAUGAAGGAGACUUAUGGACAUACGGUGGAGGAGGAGAGGGGGAGGGAGGUGGUGGAGACUUGUAUACAUAAGGAGGGGGAGGUGAUGGAGAUGGUGGAGGAGGAGACUUGUAGACAUAUGGUGGAGGAGGUGAGGGGGAUGGAGGGGGUGGAGACUUGUAGACAUAAGGAGGGGGAGGUGAUGGAGAUGGUGGAGGAGGAGACUUGUAGACAUAAGGAGGGGGAGGUGAUGGAGAUGGUGGUGGGGGAGACUUGUAGACAUAGGGAGGGGGAGGUGAUGGAGAUGGUGGAGGUGGAGACUUGUACACAUAUGGUGGAGACUUAUGGAUGUAUGGUGGAGGUGGUGAGGGGGAUGGAGGUGGUGGAGAGUUGUAGACAUAAGGAGGGGGAGGUGAUGGAGAUGGUGGAGGAGGAGACUUGUAGACAUAUGGUGGAGGAGGUGAGGGGGAUGGAGGGGGUGGAGACUUGUAGACAUAAGGAGGGGGAGGUGAUGGAGAUGGUGGUGGGGGAGACUUGUAGACAUAAGGAGGGGGAGGUGAUGGAGAUGGUGGAGGUGGAGGUGGAGACUUGUACACAUAUGGUGGAGACUUAUGGAUGUAUGGUGGAGGUGGUGAGGGGGAUGGAGGUGGUGGAGAGUUGUAGACAUAAGGAGGGGGAGGUGAUGGAGAUGGUGGAGGAGGAGACUUGUAGACAUAUGGUGGAGGAGGUGAGGGGGAUGGAGGGGGUGGAGACUUGUAGACAUAAGGAGGGGGAGGUGAUGGAGAUGGUGGUGGGGGAGACUUGUAGACAUAAGGAGGGGGAGGUGAUGGAGAUGGUGGAGGUGGAGGUGGAGACUUGUACACAUAUGGUGGAGACUUAUGGAUGUAUGGUGGAGGUGGUGAGGGGGAUGGAGGUGGUGGAGAGUUGUAGACAUAAGGAGGGGGAGGUGAUGGAGAUGGUGGAGGAGGAGACUUGUAGACAUAUGGUGGAGGAGGUGAGGGGGAUGGAAGGGGUGGAGACUUGUAGACAUAAGGAGGGGGAGGUGAUGGAGAUGGUGGUGGGGGAGACUUGUAGACAUAAGGAGGGGGAGGUGAUGGAGAUGGUGGAGGUGGAGGUGGAGACUUGUACACAUAUGGUGGAGACUUAUGGAUGUAUGGUGGAGGUGGUGAGGGGGAUGGAGGUGGUGGAGACUUGUAGACAUAAGGUGGGGGUGGUGAUGGAGAUGAUGGAGGAGGGGAUUUGUAGACAUAUGGAGGAGGUGGUGAAGGAGAUGGAGGUGGGGGAGACUUGUAAACAUAUGGUGGAGGAGGUGAGGGGGAUGGAGGUGGAGGUGACUUGUAAACAUAAGGAGGGGGUGGUGAUGGGGACGGAGGUGGAGGAGAUUUAUAGGCAUAAGGAGGGGGUGGUGAUGGAGAUGGCGGAGGAGGAGAUUUGUAGACAUAUGGAGGGGGUGGUGAAGGAGAUGGAGGUGGAGGAGACUUAUAAACAUAUGGUGGGGGUGGUGAUGGAGAUGGUGGUGGAGGAGACUGGUAGAUGUAUGGAGGUGGUGGUGAAGGAGAGGGAGGUGGUGGUGACUUAUAGACAUAAUGUGGAGAUGAUUCGUGAUGGUGGGGUGGGUGUUUUGCAUGCUGUGGUGGAGAGUAAUAGGUUGGCUGGGAUGCAUAUCGAGGCCAGUGCCUCGGCCCUGCUGAAGUUCCCAUCUUCUGUCAGUGUGCAGUACAGUCGUUGUUUGGAUGACCUAUGCUCUAUGCUUGCAUUGCAAAUUGAAGUUGCGGGCCUCCAUUAUGUGAAUUCAUAUCUCUUACGAUAUGGAUUGGCAACAAAGUCAAGGAAGAAGGUUGGCAAUGACAUGGUUGGACAUAAACAGAACCCACUUUCCCUAGUGAUUGCAUUAUAUUUGCUAUAUAUCGUUUUAGACAUAUCAGAGAAGGCUGCUACUGUUGUUACUCUGCUAUCAUCGGUGUUGUUAGACUUCAAGACUGCAGAGGCAUGUACUCUAUAG